AUGGAGAGCUGCUGUCGGUCCUGUUGUCCCUGCUUGAGGCGCCUCUGGAACCGGAUCUGGCCCGAGGAUCGCUACCCGAGCGGCGCGAACAACAACCACAUGGUCAUCGCGAACCCGGCCCAUGUGUCCGAGAUCCGAACCGUGUCGGGCGACGUGCGCGUGCCGUCGCCCCAGAAGCGUCCGGUCCAGCUGUACGCGGCGCUGUAUGACUUCGAGGCCCGGAGCGACGACGAGCUGUCGGUGAGGGAGGGGGACAAGCUGUCGGUGAUCGAGAAGAGGGGGGAGUACGUGCUGGCCACCAGGCUCACGGGCUCUCGGCAGUCCGGACUCAUCCCGGCCAACUACGUGGCUCUGCUGCAGGACGAGUUCGCCAAACACAAGUGA